GCAGGACCGCCGAGACUGGCCGUCGUGUUUGUUUUCCUAUGGCACAUACAUGACUUUCGACCAGAGCCGAGGGCCCAGUCGUAGCUGUGUUGGCAGAAGGAAUAGCUUACUAGCGAUUCGGUGAAAACCGCUAACGACUGAAAUGGUUGUGACAAAGAAAAACAGUUGCCGAAUUUGCCUGAAGGUCUUUUGCUGCGCCGACUGCCGCGAUAAGCACGAGAACAGCAAGCACCCGAAGCCCAAGUGUUCCCUCUGCGUCAGACAGGCUCUGCCCUUCGGAGUCGCGUCGGAGGAGGACUCGCUGAAGAAAUCCGAGCUGCUCUGCCACCUCGUCUUCAAUCACCUGCCGCUUCGCUGUAAGCUCUGCGGCGACAGGUUCCGGAAGAACCAGGAUUUCCUAGAGGCCGAGCCUUGCAGAUGGUGGAACGAGCGGCGCCGGAAGGACAGCAAGACCGGUGUCAAGAACGACGAGGGGGUCGCUGCUGCGAGGGACGCCGAGAGGAAGCUGCCGCUGACGCCGCAGAUACAGCCGUCGAGCGAGGCGAACAAGUCUCUGCGCAGCAUCGACACGAGCUCCAUAAUCCGUUUGAAGCAGGAGAACUUUGACUCGCCGCCGGAGCUCGCCAGACACACCAGCACUCCGGUGCACCAUCCGGCAGUCGCUCUUCCCGGCCAGAAGCUCCAGUCGGGAGUCGGCGGCGUCAUCCCGCAGUUCAGCCUCAAGACGCCCUGUUCCUUCGACAGGCGCUACAGCUCCUCCGCGACCUCGAGCUCCUCGACCUUCGAGUCGCGCUACUACACUGGGCUCAGCCAGCUCCUGUCCGCCGGCAAGAACAGCAACGAGCUCGAUCGCGUGAACCAGUCCGAGGUCGAGCCGACCUGGAACUCGCCGACCUACUCGAUCCUGAAGAAGCUGGAGCCCCUGAACGUCAUGAAGCCGGAGGGCCUGGACUCGACCGAGAAGCGCGUCCGCUUCUCCGACCAGUGUCCGGUCCCGACCUCCACGGCGGCGGCAGCACCGGAGACCAGCGCCUACUUUGCCGACAACGAAAUCUUCUUCGAGGCCCGGGAAAGCCUCGAGGACGAUCAGCCCGACAGCAACAACAACGACGAAAAGGACUUGGCAUCGAAGACGGAGGAGAAGAGCCAGCCGAGCGGAGCCUGCGCCUGCUGCCAUCACCAGGCCAGCAACAGCAGCCUGGAGACCAGCGCGAACAAGUCCUCGAGCUCCUCGAGCUCCUCGAGGGUCGUGAUGAUGCUCCUGCUGGAGAAGACCGACAGCUCCAAGAGCCUGUCCAGCCUGGACUUGGCGCCGCUGAUCGACUCGGGCCUGAAGAAGCUGGAGGAAAGCGACACGAGCAAGCUCUGCGAGGAGCUGUCCGAGAAGGGCCGCAAGGUGAAGAGCUUCAUCGAGGAGCACAGCUUAUUCGGCUGCGCCAGUGAGAAACCGAUCGACAGGCGCCAGGAGUCGAAGAUCGAGGAGGUGUCCUUGAACGACGUCAGCAGCAGUAGCAGCAGCGGCUCGCACGGGAUAUUCUCGGCGAUGGCGAGGGUCGUCAGGAGCGCGCUGAAGAGGCUACCCGGUACGAGCUAUGCCGUCGGCUCCGCGGCAUCAACGAGCAGUCGCGCGAGCCACUGCCUGUCGCGCGAGCCACUGCCUCAAGGCGCCUGUCCAGCAGCAAGCAGCGUCACGUCCGCGUCUUCGCUGUCGAUCGCCUCGACGGCCGAGGUGCUCGAGAUCGGCUCGUCGCGCAGCACCACGAGCGCCUCCCAGAUCAUCCUCCAGAGAUCGGCGAGCAAGCGUCCGCGCGACCGGAUCGACUCCGGGGAGGAGCCGCAGAGUCAGCCGCCACCGCGGGACUGGCCAGGAAACAGCGGCGGCAGUCCCCGGCAGGAGGUGGUUUCCAGCCCCGCAGCCAAGCGUCAUCGAGGCUGGUACAGGAUCAGGGCUCGCGAGCCCAUAGCUCGGAUGCGCGAGCGUCAGCUGGUGCCGCAGUCGCCCAGAGGAGCUUGCCGAGAGACUCAGCGCUUCCAGCAGGGAUCGCUCACGAUCGGGGACAACACCUUCCUGCCGCUGCCCUCCCGGGCCCACCAGUCCACGCAGACCGAGGAUUGAUUUUAUUGCUUUUCACGCUAUCCUGUAUACGAGUACUAUUCUUUAUCUGCAGUUUUCGCGUUCAUUCGAUAUACUUUUUACCAAUGCAAACUCUUACUCUUUUAUUUUAAAGUUGCGCCCGCGUGCCGGUGCGGUUUUAGCAAAUCGACUACGCCGCUUCCUAAUGCGAACGAGAUGUAUGUACGCGUUUUUAUACGUUUCACCACUCGAGCUUGGGAGUCAAGACAAUGGAACUAUAUGUAUGGUAAAUAAAUCGGACAAAAUCGCGUUACGGAGCGACUCGAGCGCGGGAGAAAACGAGUUCCCGGUAAAGCAAGAAAGCCACGCAUAAUUGCAAGUUGAUAAUCGCUGUUCUGCUCGUUACGCGCACACGCGGCUCCACCUACGCCGACGCACGCUGCGCGUGGUCCUUCGCUCUACACGCGCCUCGAGUAUAGUCCAUGCGAUUCUUACUCUCUCGCAGCUCUGCCAUACGCUCGCUGGAUGAAAUUCAAAUGCACGACACUUUCGAAUAACGCAAUUUGUCGGGUGUAUAAAACGCGCUUGAGAGAGAAGUAUGCAUGCCUAAUCGACUCUGCCGAGAUCUAUCGAGUGGGAAUAAAGAGUUUAUAUUUGAAA